GCCUCGGGAUCGGUGUUCACUGCAAUUGAGAUCAGUACAGGUGCGGAGGUAGCAAUAAAGCAGAUGAAUUUAACACAACAGCCCAAGAAGGAGCUCAUAAUUAACGAGAUUCUUGUUAUGCGUGAGAAUAAGCAUGCCAAUAUUGUCAAUUAUCUCGAUUCGUAUCUCGUUGGUGAUGAUCUAUGGGUUGUAAUGGAAUAUCUGGCAGGUGGCUCAUUAACAGAUGUGGUGACGGAAUGCCAAAUGGAGGAGGGUAUGAUUGCGGCGGUGUGCAGAGAAGUGCUGCAAGCGCUGGAAUUCCUUCACAGCCGGCAUGUUAUCCAUCGCGAUAUCAAAUCGGAUAAUAUCCUUCUUGGUCUGGAUGGUUCCGUCAAACUAAGUUCGUCCCACUACAUGCUUUUUUGUUUUUUCUCCCCGUCAUUUUUAAAGUUUUAA